AUUCAUACUCACCUCAAUUUCCCAUUUUAAUUCAAUAUUUUUAUUUUUAUUUUUGCAAUUUCUUUUGUUGGGUGUUCUUCCUCUUGAGCUUAAAUUCAUUCAUCUUUUUUUUUUUUUUUGGGUGCUUGCACUUUUUUAUUUGGUGGGGGAGGGGGUUCUUGGGCACUCAGUACUUUGAAAUUUAAAUUGGUUUUUCUGAAUUUUUUUUUUUUUUUUUGGGUACUUGAGAAAUUCCAUAUUAAUUUUGGAUCUGCAUUUUGUUUGACCAUUUGUUUUUUAUAUAUGGUUUUUCCUACUUUUAUGUCUCUAAUGAUUUUUGGAUUUUGCAGGUUUGUCUUUUCUACAAGCUAAAGUGUAUUUAAAUGGCACAAGAACCCAUAAAUCCAGAUGAGGUUGUUUUGGCAGAAGAAGUAAACCAUGCAAGGUCGAUCACCUUAAACCGGCCUCGCCAAUUGAAUGUCAUUUCAUCCAAAGUGGUUGUUUUGCUAGCUGAAUUCCUUGAAAAAUGGGAGAAGGAUGAUGAUGCAGAGCUUGUGAUAAUUAAGGCUAGUGAAACUUCCUCCUAUUUUUGGGUGGUUCUUGAUUUUUUGGAAAAUAAAUUGUUUCAGUUUCCUUAAUUAUGUUGUUCCUUUUGCUUAUUAUUUCCCCUAGGGAGCUGGACGUGCUUUCUCUGCUGGUGGGGAUCUAAAGAUGUUCUAUGAUGGGAGGUCAGAUGAUUCCUGUCUCGAAGUUGUGUAUAGAAUGUAUUGGCUAUGUUAUCACAUUCACACAUAUCGGAAAACCCAGGUAGCGCUUGUUCAUGGACUUGUCAUGGGUGGAGGUGCAUCACUGACUGCUCCAUUAAAAUUCUCGGCUGUCACUGAGAAGACUGAGAUGGUAUCCAAGCCUGAAAUUGGACAAUCACAAAGGUUUUAUGCAUGAAACAAAGUUAAUUUUUACCUUCCUAUGUUGCUUUACUAUUGAUUCCAUGUAGCUUUUUUCUUUCUUCUUUAUAUAGUUUCUAUGAUGAUUUGUAUUUUUUUUAAAAGGUUUCUGGGAUAUCAAGCUGAUAUAUAUGGAUGGACCAGCCUGAUUUUUUGAGGUUCUAUAUUUUUCAUUCUUUCUUCUUUCUUUCUUUCUUUCUUUCUUUUUUUUUCUCUUGAUUUUAGUCCUAAACAUAUGCAUUUCUAAAUCCUGAUUCUACACAUCUCAGUUUGCUGGAUUGAAUAGUUCAUCAUUUCUUUGUAGGACUAAUUUAGGAGUCGUUAGACCCCCUACCAAAUCUUAGCAAUCAAUACAAUUCAUCUGGUGGCCACAAUGGUAGAUGGCCCACUGUGAGAAAAUCAUGCCAAUUACUUGAUCUUGCUCAUCCAACCAUGGUACUUCUGCUUAAAGAAUGUGAACUGUAUAUCUUUUAAGGCAUUAGCUGCUGGUUUACAAUCCAGUGUAGAGCCUACAGACUUUCCAAUGACUGGGAUAAUUUCACCAUUAUCCAUCCAUGGAAGGGGUCUGAGACAAAAA